ACCACCGGGGUUCGACGUGUGUCCGCUUGUGUGUCUGAGCAUCUGCCGACGACCGUGUGUGCACCGGCGAACGUGUAUAUUAUUAUUAUUAUUUUCGACACAUAAACGAAUCACUGUUGAACGGCCCGGGGCAAAAAACAAAAACUAUUUAAACGAAAUUUUUAUUCCUAAAAAUAUUCUGUGCUUUACCCGCGUGUGAAUCCGAUAACGAUGCGAUGACUUGACGACGCGUUUGACGUACGGUCGGUUUUUUUUUUUUAAUUUCAACAAUUAACCCGCUUAAUUAAAAUCGACUUGGAUAUUCGGUGUGUUCUCUAUUUAACGUUAAGUCGUCGGUAGGCCGUAUACACGGGCAUGUACGCCACCACGGUAAUGGUUUUCGGUUGCCUCUUGGCCACGGCAAAAGCUUCGGUGGACAGCGGGCGGCGGCGGCGGCAGCAAGGAGACGGCGACAUUCGACGAACAAGCAACAUCUUCCAUUGAUGUCGAAGCUGUUGCGGGAACAGUGGCUUAUUUGCCCUGUAAUAUGACACCAACAACGGCCGGCGACCGCGCUACAUUGGUUAUUUGGUAUAAACGAGGACAGUCAGGACCGAUUUACACGUACGACGUGCGCAAAAGUAGCCUUAUUGUUGCCCCCACGGCGGAAAAAGUCGACACGAAGAAAACACAAGGAGCUCAUUGGGCCGACGAGAAGGCAUUGGACCGCAGAGCUUUCUUUCGGGUCUCAGAAGAUCCGGCUAUCUUGGCACUUCAGAACGUCAAUGAGAAGGACGGUGCCCUCUACAAGUGUCGCGUCGACUUCAAAAAAUCUCCUACCAGAAAUUACAAGGUCAACUUAACCAUAAUACUUCCACCUGACCGUUUGAGUGUGCUCAAUGAAAAAGGAGCCCACAUACCUCAUUAUAUACUGGGACCAUAUAAAGAAGGGACAUCUGUCGACAUUACUUGUAUUGCCAGUGGAGGUCGCCCACCACCUCGCGUCACAUGGUGGCAGGAAAACGCUUUGUUGGACGAAUCUUUUGAAAUUCUACCGGACAGAAAAGUUCGAAACGUGCUUCAUCUGGAACGACUGGACCGCCAUCACUUGAACACCGUAUUUACAUGCCAAGCAUCCAACAACCACAUGGUGCCACCCAUAUCUAGUGCCGUUACAAUGGACAUGAUCCUUCGGCCAUUGUCAGUAAAAAUGGUUGGAGAAAAUCGUCCGAUUUCUGCAGAAAUUCCUGUAAACGUUAGCUGUCGAGUGAUAGGAGCGAAGCCACCACCGAUUGUCUCCUGGUGGAAAGAUUCAACUCAACUAUCCGACGCCAAACAAACGACCAGUGCCGAUGGUAAUAUGACCGUUAGUGUGCUGACGUUUACACCGAAGAUUCAAGAUUCUGACAAAAUGUUGAGCUGCCAUGCCGAAAGUGCUAUAUCCGAAACCAACACCGGAUUUACCAGGACCGAUUCGAAACGACAAAAAUCAGCUAACGACAUAGUCUCAUCGAACGAAUGGAAGCUUAACGUACUCCAUGUGCCUGUCGUCAACUUGGAGCUGGGUAGUAACAUUAAUGCCAGUGCAAUAAAAGAGGGUGUGGACGUGUACUUUGAAUGCAACAUCAAAUCCAACCCGUGGGUGUACAGAGUGACUUGGCGACAUAAUGGAAAGCCUUUGAACAAUAAUCCGGCGGCGGGCACGAUAGUGAGCAAUCAAAGUUUGGUGCUGCAAUCGGUUACCCGAGACCGUGCCGGAAUUUACACAUGCGUCGGUAGCAAUCAAGAGGGAGACGGCGUGAGCAACCCUGUGAACUUGGACGUAAAAUUUGCUCCUAUUUGUCGACCAGGACAGGAAACCGUACAAGGAGUGGGCAGGCGUGAGGCGGCUAAAGUAGUGUGCGAAGUGGAAGCCAACCCUUCGGACCACUUAGAGUAUGUUUGGAGAUUCAACAACUCCAGGGAAACCGUCCGAUUGGAACGCGACCGGUACACCGAAGACGGUCCUCGCAGCACUGCCGCAUAUACCCCUCAAACUCCACUCGACUAUGGCACCUUGAUGUGUUGGGCAAGUAACGAAUACGGCAAACAGUCUACCCCAUGCGUCUACCAAGUAAUCGCAGCUGGACGACCCGAUAGUGUGGAAAACUGUACGGUACAAAAUCAAACGGCCACUACGCUGACCGUGCGAUGUCAGCCUGGCUUCGACGGCGGACUAUCACAGCGUUUCGUGAUGGAAGUAUACGACCGACACGCACAGACUUUGGCCGGCAACGUGACGGCGGAUGAACCCAAAUUUACCGUGGGAGGCCUCAAGUCCGGAAUAGGGUUCGACGUUAGUCUGUAUGCUUACAAUGUUCGAGGUGCGUCAGAUCCGGUUCAACUGCACUCGCACACGCUAAAAUCAGCCGAGAAACGCACCGCUAUUUCGCCUGCUACUAAAUUCACUCCCAUGUUGGCCGUCAUUGUCGUUGGAAGUAUAGCGUUAGUGUUGACGAUUGCUUGUGUUAUCGGUGCAAUCAUUGCUUGUCAACGUAAACGAUGCCAGACACGUCGUCAAGAACGUGAAAGAUCUGCUGACGAAUCAAAAACCGCCAUAGGUAGCGUGAGUGACCAUCGAUCAGAAACUUCAGACGAUGGUUUGGACAAAAACCCGGACAUCAUACCCCAUGACAAUGAAUAUUUGGAUGAAGAAGAGAAGGCAUUUGAAAGACUCAACAGCAAUCAAAAUCGGUUGUAUUCGUCUUGUAACGCUGAACAGGAUCCGUGUAAACAACAGACUCGGGGAAUUCCACAGCCGCAACAACAACAACAACAACAGCAGCAGCAACAGUUGCAACCAUUACCACAACAGUUCCAGUACGGAGACAUGGCCGGCGGUCCAAUGCAGUCGCCACAGCUUCAACCGCAGCAGCCCAUCGCCGCUGCCAUGUACCCGACCCUUAUGUGUUCGGUGCCGCAACAGCAGCCCGUGUCCAUAUUGCGGCAUGCCAACGACCCCCACGGCGUGGUACAGUACGUGCCCGUCGAACAGUCCAGGGUACUGCUCAACCACCACCAACAGCAGCUGCACCCUCAUCAUGUCCUUCUCCACCACCAGCAGCAGCAGCCGUAUCACACACAGAUGCGCGGUCCCGGGCCCAACGCCAUGGGCAACCGUCAAUUCCACGACCGGUCCGUGGAGAUACCGUUGUUGUUGACACCGCCCGCGUCACACCAGCGCGAAAGCACGAGCGAAUGCAUGAUGGAACAGAGAGAAGCUACAGGUAGACAAGUUUUUGGGAAUCCAUCGCCUCAGUCGCAGAUAGUGGCAGCCACGCGAUUCUGACAAACGGAAUUUGAAUCUAUCCCGGAAGACGAUUUGGUCAUGCUUUAAAAAGACCAAACCUGGGAUGAUUUCAACAUGGACCGUCUUCUUAUUUUUUUUUUUACCGCAAGAUAUUUAAUUAUUGUUUUGAUCUGUCACCUAGUUUUUUCAACGUUCCAAUCAUGUCCAAAACAAUUUUACACAACAAAUAUCAUGCUUUCGAAAAAUUAGGUAAAUAACGUAUGUGUAUGUAAUCACGGCGGUGUUCUACUAUAUUAACAUUGAAAUGUAAUGUUCAGAUUUAUUUUUAGCAGAUUUACUUUGCCUAAUUGGAAAUCGCCCAAUUAAUAAGUUCGAUUUUGAAUGGUAAUAUUGGAUUUUGAACGUAAAAAGUCAAAAAAGAAUAAUAAGAAGAAUAAUAAAGAACAAUAAGUUGACAGGGCUUAAAUGGCUUAAAGUUGGCAAUACGGUCAAUUAUUAAUGGUUAAAUUAACAAUAACAAGCCAUCUCGGUCUAAAUGUUGUGCUUACAUACUCUUUUCUUGUAUACCAUCGUCGUAAAUUAACAUGCAACCCGAACCGUGUUAUUUUUACUAAUAAAUGUGAUAUCGUGUGAUAAAAGCGGAACAUGGCUUUUUGUCGUUCGGCGCUCAAAUAUCAUCAAUUUGAUAAUCAUGGUUCAUGACUAUUGUUUAAAAUGUUAUGAUGUACCGCUUAUAAGUGUGAAACUAUUUCUUGACCGGGUAUGUUCAUCUUUAUAAAUUAUAUUGUAUGAAUUUAUUGGUUGUAAAUAUGUAAAAAAUAAAAUAUACCUACUGUUAAUGUGGUCUUUAGAAUUGUUGUAUGAUCUAUAAUACUAUGAGCCCUGUGGAAGGUUUUGUUUAAUAUCAGUACCGAAAUGGUUUUUUUUUAUUUAUUAGGAUUUUGUAUGGUACGAAUAUGAUCGUUGUUAUUAAUAACAAUAAUAAUAUUUAAAAUAAUCAAAAUUCAACAAUAAUUGUAUUACUUAAAAUCAAAAAAAUUAUCGUAUUGUUUGGCGCGUGUUACCUCCGAUAUUAUUGUACUAUUAUAGCUUUGUUAAACCAUUAUGAUAUUAUAUUAUAACAUUGUGUUGAAUGUUACUACAAACCUAUUUAAAUGCUACAUAUUUAUAACUAACUUUAUUAGACACGUAAAAUUAUUUUGUAUCUAUAAUGGUUAUUAGAUUAAAAUAAACUAUUUAUAGAUCACUAUCGAAUGUAAACGCAACUCAUCCUUAUGAUGCCUACUAAACUAUAUACUUUUAAAGUAUAACUAGUUAAAGUUGACUACUUGUUGUAAAAUUAUGCGUAUAUUGUGUGAAAAGAAAAUGUAUCUUAUAAACAAAUGUUUGUUGGAUAAUAUAUUAUAUAACAUUUUUAAGCGCUUCACUAAAAAUUGUAUAACCUACCAAUCGCGUUUCCUGAGGUUAACUUACCGCAAUGCUUUUGUUUUUUGACCUCCACGUGCAAAAUUAUAUAAUGUAUAUUAGUAUACAUAAAAAAAUAACUAUAUAUAAUAUAAAAUAAGUUUUAUUUAAAAAAUGUUAUGUUUAUUAAUAAAAUAAUAAUUGUAAGAUCCUAAGACAGGUAAUGUGUAAUGUGUAUGAUGUUUGUUUAAAUUACCUGUACUGAGUUGAAACGUUUUUAGUAGUGGUUUUACCUAUCAGACAUUUAGCAUUACCCGUAGACAAUGUUAAUAUUAUUAUUGACUAUUAAAGAGUAUUGGAACAAGUCAAGUGCGCUUUAUUUUAUUUCAUUAAACAAUUCCAUUUUAGUGCUAAGACUAAUAUUAUGUGCGGUGUGCAUAAAAAAUUCAGGAAAAUAUAUAAAUAAUAAAGAACACAAAAUAUAUUAUGAGCAAUAUCUAUAGAAACUUAAGUAAUUAAAAAAAAUAAUGUUUAAACGUUAAUCAUUUAUAAAACAUUAGUUGUUGUUAAAUCAAAAACUAAUUAUUUAAGACAUUUUAAAUAGGUACAUUUUUUGUGAGCACUUGAAACACAAAAAGGAAAGUUUUCCCCAAAACACAAGAAUAGUGGCCAUGUUAAAAUCACAAAAUUUCUAAACAAUAAAUUGUAAAUAAAUAAUAAAUGAUUUUAUUGCCACCGGAUUUAAUUUAAGGUUAUCUAUUAAAAAAAAAAAAUGGUAUGUUUAAAAAUGUUAUAAUACUAAUUAAAGUUCAGGAAAAUGUCUAUACUUCACUCGUAUAUUGUUUUACCAAACAUGUUGUAUAUACACUUAAUCUUACAUUUAGGUAUACCAAAUAAAACUAUGUAUUGUAAAUAAGCCAUGUUUGUAAGAAGAGUUAUUGCAAAUCAAAAUUAUUACAUCACCAUCAAUUUAAGCGUUAUAUUAUUAAUUGACACAUUUUUCGAUGUUCAUAAUUUGUAUUAUUAUACUUAAAUAAUUAUCAGUUAACAUGAUAUAAGAUGAAUCACGGGGUAGCAUAAUAAAACAAAACUAUUCGUUUUACUCUAAUUUUCUCUACAAAAUUUUUUUUUUAUUGUUGUUACAUAUUUUAACAUUAUCAAUGAUGAAUUAUAGUGAUGAUACAUCGUUAACAGCAAAGCAAAAAUACACAAAUUGAUAGAAAUUAAUAGCUAUAACCAUAUUAAUACAGUUUUUUCAUAAUAUUACCCAUAUUCAAUCCAAAAAAAUGAUUUACUAGUCUUUAAUACUGUUCCUAUGGUCAUAUAUGAUAUUAACCAAAACCGUUAUAUUUAGACAAACAUUUUCUUUUUUAAACAAAACUUUAAAAUGCAAAUAAUUUAUUGAGUAAUACGCUUUAUCUGAAAUUGGAUAUCGCGUGGUUCAUCUUGUUGCAUGUUCUCUUACAUAUUAUAAUUUUAACAAUUUA